AUGAAAUCCUUACCAAGCUUGUCUAUAAGUAGACAAUUGAUACUUCGCAGGUGUUUACAUCAUUCUAAAAUAUUAUAUCAUGAUGCUAAAAAAUUCACUUCUACUUCAGAAUCAGAAAUGUCACAUUUCAAUGCCUUAGCUUCAAGUUGGUGGGACGUAAAUGGACCCCAACGUAUAUUACAUAAAAUGAACUUAUUAAGAAUGGAUUUCAUACAUGAAACUAUAAUAAAUAACUUAAAAUUAAAUGAAAACACGGAUGAUGAAGUCUAUAUCCCACCUUUCAGUAUGGAUUUGUUGCCUAAACCAAUUAGAGAUACCAUUAAUGCUGAUUUAGAAGGUAGAAGAGAAGAAAUAUUAAGUGAUGUUAAGUAUAAAGUAUUAGAUGUUGGAUGUGGUGGAGGUAUAUUAUCUGAAUCUAUGGCUAGAUUAAGUUUUGUUGAAAAAGUUCAAGGUAUUGACUUAUCAACUGAUGUUUUAGAAGCAGCAAAAUUACAUAAACAAAAGGAUCCAAUAUUAGAAGAUAAACUUUCUUAUAAUUUAAUGGCAAUUGAAGAUAUUCCAAAAGAUGAAAAAUUUGAUAUUGUUACCAUGUUUGAAGUUUUGGAACAUGUUGAUUACCCAUCAAGAGUUUUACUUGAAGGUUUGAAUCGAUUAGAAGUUGGUGGAUGGUUAUUCCUUUCAACAAUCAAUAGAGAUUUCGUUAGUUGGUUUACUACUAUUUUCAUGGGUGAGCAUUUAUUAAGAAUUGUUCCUGUUGGAACUCACACUUUGGAAAAGUAUAUUAAUCAAACUGAAAUUAAAGAAUGGGUAGAACAAGAUGAAAGUAGAAAAGCUUCAUAUAAAGUUGUUGACACCAAAGGUUGUGUCUAUUUACCAGCAUAUGGUUGGAAAUUUACUUCAUGUCCAGAUAUUGGAAAUUAUUUUAUGGCUAUACAACGUGUACAAUAA